AUGCCGCCACUUUGCGGAGGCUGGGGGGCGGGGAGGACAGCUGCAGUGCCGGGGGCGGGGCCGCGGGCCGUCCGUCAGGGCGGCGGCGCUCCUGAUUGGCCGGCGCCGGCCCCCCCGCGGGCGCGGGCAUAUGAGGAGGCGGAGGCGGCGGCCGCCGCAGACUCUGUGCGGGAGGGCUGCCGGCAGGACCGACGCGCGGACCGAGGCGCGGGCGCUGCAGAGGCCCCCCAGCCCGAGCCCGCGCCUGAGCCCGCCCUGAGGCCUCUGCCCCCGGCCCCCGCCCCGCCCGCCCGCCCGCCCCUCUCCCCCGGAGCCGCCAAGAUGGGGGACAAGAAAGAUGACAAGGGCUCGCCCAAGAAAAGCAAGGGCACCAAAGAGCGCAGGGACCUGGAUGACCUCAAGAAGGAGGUGGCUAUGACAGAGCACAAGAUGUCGGUGGAAGAGGUGUGCCGGAAAUACAACACGGACUGCGUGCAGGGUCUGACCCACAGCAAAGCCCAAGAGAUCCUGGCCCGGGAUGGGCCCAAUGCGCUCACACCACCGCCUACCACUCCAGAAUGGGUCAAGUUCUGCCGCCAGCUCUUUGGGGGCUUCUCAAUCCUGCUGUGGAUUGGAGCCAUCCUCUGCUUCCUGGCCUAUGGCAUCCAGGCGGGCACAGAGGACGACCCCUCGGGCGACAAUCUGUACCUGGGCAUCGUGCUGGCGGCUGUGGUCAUCAUCACCGGCUGCUUCUCCUACUACCAGGAGGCCAAGAGCUCCAAGAUCAUGGAGUCCUUCAAGAACAUGGUUCCCCAGCAAGCCCUGGUGAUCCGAGAGGGUGAGAAGAUGCAGGUGAACGCUGAGGAGGUGGUGGUCGGGGACCUGGUGGAGAUCAAGGGUGGAGACCGAGUCCCAGCCGACCUACGAAUCAUCUCAGCCCAUGGUUGCAAGGUGGACAACUCCUCCCUGACCGGCGAAUCGGAACCUCAGACCCGCUCUCCUGACUGCACACAUGACAACCCCUUGGAGACUCGGAACAUUACCUUCUUUUCUACCAACUGCGUGGAAGGCACGGCUCGCGGCGUGGUGGUGGCCACGGGUGACCGCACUGUCAUGGGCCGCAUUGCCACGCUGGCUUCAGGCCUGGAGGUGGGCAAGACGCCCAUCGCCAUCGAGAUCGAGCACUUCAUCCAGCUCAUCACCGGCGUGGCCGUCUUCCUGGGUGUCUCCUUCUUCAUCCUGUCCCUCAUUCUCGGAUACACCUGGCUCGAGGCUGUCAUCUUCCUCAUCGGCAUCAUUGUGGCCAAUGUCCCAGAGGGCCUGCUGGCCACCGUCACUGUGUGUCUGACGCUGACGGCCAAGCGCAUGGCUCGGAAGAACUGCUUGGUGAAAAACCUGGAGGCUGUCGAGACCCUGGGCUCCACAUCUACCAUUUGCUCGGACAAGACAGGGACCCUCACCCAGAAUCGCAUGACGGUCGCCCACAUGUGGUUUGACAACCAGAUCCACGAGGCCGACACCACGGAGGACCAGUCAGGAACCUCGUUCGACAAGAGCUCACACACCUGGGUGGCCCUGUCCCAUAUCGCUGGCCUCUGCAACCGCGCCGUCUUCAAGGGAGGUCAGGACAACAUCCCUGUGCUCAAGAGGGAUGUGGCCGGGGAUGCCUCUGAGUCCGCUCUGCUCAAGUGCAUCGAACUGUCGUCUGGCUCUGUGAAGCUGAUGCGCGAACGUAACAAGAAAGUGGCUGAGAUUCCCUUCAAUUCCACCAACAAAUACCAGCUCUCCAUCCACGAGACUGAGGACCCCAACGACAACCGGUACCUGCUGGUGAUGAAGGGCGCCCCCGAGCGCAUCCUGGACCGCUGCUCCACCAUCCUGCUGCAGGGCAAGGAGCAGCCCCUGGACGAGGAGAUGAAAGAGGCCUUCCAGAACGCCUACCUGGAGCUCGGCGGCCUGGGCGAGCGUGUGCUGGGUUUCUGCCAUUACUACCUGCCCGAGGAGCAGUUCCCCAAGGGCUUUGCCUUCGACUGCGACGACGUGAACUUUACCACGGACAACCUCUGCUUCGUCGGCCUCAUGUCCAUGAUCGACCCGCCCCGGGCGGCCGUCCCCGACGCAGUGGGCAAGUGCCGCAGCGCCGGCAUCAAGGUCAUCAUGGUCACGGGUGAUCACCCCAUCACGGCAAAGGCUAUCGCCAAGGGCGUGGGCAUCAUCUCUGAGGGCAACGAGACAGUGGAGGACAUUGCUGCCCGGCUCAACAUUCCCGUCAGCCAGGUCAACCCCCGGGAUGCCAAGGCCUGUGUGAUCCAUGGCACCGAUCUCAAGGACUUCACCUCGGAGCAAAUCGAUGAGAUCCUGCAGAACCACACCGAGAUCGUCUUUGCCCGCACGUCCCCCCAGCAGAAGCUCAUUAUUGUGGAAGGCUGCCAGAGACAGGGAGCCAUCGUGGCUGUGACCGGGGAUGGUGUGAACGACUCCCCCGCCCUGAAAAAGGCUGACAUCGGCGUGGCCAUGGGCAUUGCUGGCUCAGACGUGUCCAAACAGGCAGCGGACAUGAUUCUGCUGGACGACAACUUUGCCUCUAUUGUCACGGGUGUGGAGGAGGGCCGCCUGAUCUUUGACAACCUGAAGAAGUCCAUUGCCUACACCCUGACCAGCAACAUCCCUGAGAUCACACCCUUCUUGCUGUUUAUCAUGGCCAACAUUCCACUGCCUCUGGGCACCAUCACCAUCCUCUGUAUCGACCUGGGCACUGACAUGGUCCCUGCCAUCUCAUUGGCAUAUGAGGCUGCAGAGAGUGACAUCAUGAAGAGACAGCCCAGGAACCCACGUACUGACAAGCUGGUCAAUGAGAGGCUCAUCAGCAUGGCCUAUGGGCAGAUUGGAAUGAUCCAGGCUCUCGGCGGCUUCUUUUCCUACUUCGUGAUCCUGGCAGAAAAUGGCUUCUUGCCCAGCAACCUGGUGGGCAUCCGGCUGAACUGGGACGACCGCACCGUCAAUGACCUGGAGGACAGUUACGGGCAGCAGUGGACGUACGAGCAGAGGAAAGUGGUGGAGUUCACGUGCCACACGGCCUUCUUCGUGAGCAUCGUGGUCGUCCAGUGGGCCGACUUGAUCAUCUGCAAGACCCGGAGGAACUCGGUCUUCCAGCAGGGCAUGAAGAACAAGAUCCUGAUCUUCGGGCUAUUUGAGGAGACGGCACUCGCCGCCUUCCUGUCCUACUGCCCUGGGAUGGACGUGGCCCUCCGCAUGUACCCUCUCAAGCCCAGCUGGUGGUUCUGUGCCUUCCCCUACAGUUUCCUCAUCUUCGUCUACGACGAGAUCCGCAAACUCAUCCUGCGCAGGAACCCGGGGGGUUGGGUGGAGAAGGAAACCUACUACUGA